AUCAGAUAGCUCCGUUUGGCGCACGAUCGGUGCAGUUGAUAAAUGGAGGAUCCGUGUUUGUCAAGGUAGUUUUGUUUACGCGGAAAUUUUCACUCGGUAACAACUCUUCGCGUGUUCCGUUUGUGCUGAAGAGGUAGAUGAAGAAUAUCAUAACAUGUCCCGCAAUCAUAAGGACAAGUAUGAGAACUCCAACCCACGUCGUAUUUACACACUCAUGUGCUCUGAGGACUAUCAAUCGGGGAAGAAAUCUCAUUGGUCGGAGUUGGAGAUAACAGGCAGUAUAAGAAACUUAAGCCCCAACUUGUGGCAAAUGAUUCAUCUGACAGCUUUGUAUCUGAACGACAAUAGUCUGCAGAGAGUACCAGCUGAAAUUGGUCGUCUUGUCAACUUGCGCAUUUUAGAUCUCAGCAGCAAUAAAUUAAAUUCUUUAUUGUAAAAUUUCUUAUAUUAUUUCAGGGAGUUGUUAUUGAACCAAAACUACCUUCGCGUGUUACCGUACGAACUAGGGAAGUUGUUCCAAUUACAAGUGCUUGGACUUCAAGGAAAUCCACUCAGCAAGGAUGUAUUGACGUUAUAUGGGACUGGGGAGCCUGCAGGGACAAACAAGCUGCUGACAUACAUGUUGGACAACUUACAAGUUACAGCAAACCAUCCGCCCCAAAGACCGUGGAUUCCGUUGACAAGGCCCAACAGGACGAGACCAACAUGCAUAUUUACGGUGAUGUGUUACAACGUGCUUUGCGACAAGUACGCGACACGGCAGAUGUACGGCUAUUGUCCGAGCUGGGCGCUGGACUGGGAGUAUCGGAAGAAGGGUAUCCUCGACGAGAUACGGCAUUACGCCGCGGACAUCAUCAGCCUGCAAGAGGUCGAGACGGACCAAUUCUACAAUUUCUUCUUGCCGGAGCUUAAACACGACGGCUACGACGGCAUAUUCUCGCCCAAGUCCCGCGCGAAAACGAUGGCGGAAAACGACCGCAAGUACGUCGACGGCUGCGCCAUUUUUUAUAGGACCGCCAAGUUUUCUCUGAUAAAGGAGCAUUUAGUUGAAUUCAAUCAAUUGGCGAUGGCGAACGCGGAGGGUUCGGACAACAUGUUGAAUCGAGUCAUGCCCAAAGAUAACAUAGGACUGGCUGCAUUACUUAGGACUAAGGAAGCCGCUUGGGAUAAUGGUGUUCCAUCUGAUCCAGCACAAGUGCAACAACCAAUUUUAGUUUGUACGGCGCACAUCCAUUGGGAUCCCGAAUUUUGCGAUGUAAAAUUGAUACAGACGAUGAUGUUGAGCAAUGAAUUACGUUCCAUUUUGGACCAAGCUGGCCAGUCAUUCAGACCCGGCCAUAAGCCUGACUCUUCCAAUGUUCAACUGCUACUUUGUGGCGACUUUAAUUCCUUACCUGAUUCUGGUGUGAUCGAAUUUCUUACAUCCGGACGUGUAGCAGCCGAUCAUCGUGAUUUUAAGGAUUUAGCGUACAAAUCGUGUUUACAAAAGAUCUCUGGCUGCGAUAAACCUAACGAGUUCACGCAUUCUUUCAAGCUUGCAUCUGCCUAUAGCGAGGACAUUAUGCCCUACACCAACUAUACAUUUGAAUUUAAAGGCAUAAUAGACUACAUUUUCUAUUCGAAGCAAAGUAUGGUGCCACUAGGCCUCCUAGGUCCAUUGAGCCCAGAGUGGUUUAAAGAGCAUAAAGUAGUAGGAUGUCCUCAUCCUCAUGUCCCAUCUGAUCACUUUCCUCUGUUAGUGGAGUUGGAAAUGACACCGACAGUAGGAACAAGUAAUGGUUUGAUCUCACGCAGGUAGCAGCCGCUGCGAUCUAGGCCCAAGUAACCAUAAGAAGACGAGAAAUCAAUAAGGAAGGUAAAAAAGGGGAAAAAAGAAUUUGCAUCACUUCUUCUCUACUUACUUCUGGCUCUAGCAAUAUCAUUCGCAGUCGACUUAUUACUCUUACUACAAUAGAGCGAACGUUAUACAUAUAAAUACUCCAUACAUUGCCGCACAUUCAAUCAACAGCAAUUGCUGUCGUUGAGACGCCGACGAACACACAAUUCUAAUGACCAGGUGAAGGGAGCCGUGUUGUAAUGCGUUUAGCUAGCCCAUGUAUAGUGUAUUGCAUUUUUAAGAGCUAACUCACUCUCCCACGCCUAAGAAUUAUUGUAACCUCUCUAUUUACCAUCAUAAUAUGUAUGUAGAUACCUAUUUUCCUACAAAAAAUAAAGAAAGAGAAAAUGACGAUAUUCCGAUCAAGAAGCCUCUGUGAUAUCAACAUUUAACACAAUUGGAACAAAUUAACAUAUUUACUAGUAAACGAAACUAGUAGAGCGUCUUACUAGAUAGAGAGAGAGAGAGAGAAAGAGAGAGACACAUCUUAAAUAAAACUCCCUCCUCCCCUUCCUAAAUGUCAUUACAACAUCCUCCAAGCCAACCUUUUGAUAAGAAUGCUGCCAUCCAAUGAGAGAGAAAAAGAAAAAAAAUUGUAUUUUUAAACAAAACGAAAACAAAAAAGCAUAUGAAAACAUACAUGCUAUACUGGGCUGUGCGAAGUGAUUGGAGUGAUUGACUUAAAACAAUUUCAAUGCAAGUACAAAUCUGUUCUUAUUGGCCACGUAUAUAUUGAUAUAAUAUGAUAAUGUUAUAUAAGAAAACAAGAAAACAUAGAUGAUAUUGUAGCGGGUGUAUUUGUAAGUACGAUAUAAUAUAAUGAUAUUCAUCACAUACAUUUAUUAUAGUGUCAAAGUGAGACCAGUUCGACAUUCGCCCACAUUUUAGGUAUCCGUUCGAUUCCGAUUAUAUUAAUGUAUAUGUGCUCUGUAUACCACAUAAUCCUACUACUUGUUAAUUCAGUUGCCAUC